UCAUAGAAUGAGUCACCACAGACUUAUGAAAGACUUACUGUUCAUUUUAUAAAAAUUUGAAAACCGCUCAGGUAAUCAUUGGGGACAUUCCAGGAAUGGUGCAUUUUAACCGAGUCAGUUCUGUUCAUUUAACAUCAAGUGAAAUAGAUAUUACAUAGAGUGAAAGAUUUGUAUUGGCAAGACCAAAAUAGAUAUUGUAUAAUAUAAAAGGGAAAAUAAUUAUUGGGGUGACAUUUUUACGAGGUGUGACCUUCGGAAGUGUGAAUUACUAGAAGGGAAAAAGGAAAAAGAAAAAAGGAAAAAAAGAAAGAGGAAAUAGCAAAUGUGGCGAAGUGUGACAUUUUCACCGGGAAAAUAGGAAGGCAUGAAGGAGAUACAAGGCAACUAACUAUUUGAAAUUAUCACGUUGAUUGGAAUCUAUAAUUAAAGAUGGCGAAAUCGAGUGCCGACGAUGAGGAGCUACGAAGAGCAUGCGAGGCAGCAAUAGAAGGGACAAAACAGGGAGUUGUAAUGUCCAUCCGUGUUGCCAAAACCAGUGGCAUCAUUGGCAUUUCCGGCAAAUUGAGUCGUGGUGCCAUGGCUAAACCCAGAGUUCUCGCUAUCUCCACAAAAGCUAAAGGCCAACGCACUAAAGCUUUUCUUCGUGUCUUAAAAUAUUCUAAUGGAGGAGUUCUUGAGCCUGCAAAGCUGUACAAGCUUAAGCAUCUUUCAAAGGUGGAGCUGGUAACUAAUGAUCCAAGUGGGUGUACAUUCAUGCUGGGUUUCGAUAAUCUCAGAAGUCAAAGUGUUACUCCACCUCAGUGGACAAUGCGUAACGUUGACGAUAGGAACCGCCUUUUUCUUUGCAUCCUAAACAUCUGUAAGGAUGUCCUGGGUCGUCUCCCCAAGGUUGUUGGCAUAGAUGUGGUAGAGAUGGCUCUUUGGGCAAAGGAAAAUACUCCAGCAACUACCAAACAACAGGCUAAUCCUCAAGAUGGGCCUCUCCCUACUAUAGCAAAAGAAGGUGAGAUGACAGUAACUGUUGAAAGAGAACUUGUAUCUCAAGCAGAGGAAGAGGACAUGGAGGCUCUUUUAGGCACUUAUGUAAUGGGUAUUGGUGAAGCUGAGGCAUUCUCUGAGCGGCUGAAGCGAGAGCUUCAAGCUUUGGAAGCUGCUAAUGUGCAUGCCAUCUUGGAAAAUGAGCCAUUAAUAGAUGAGGUCUUGCAUGGCCUUGAGUCGGCCUCCAACUGUGUUGAAGAUAUGGAUGAAUGGUUGGGCAUCUUUAAUGUAAAACUUAGACACAUGAGAGAAGACAUUGAAUCAAUAGAAACCCGCAACAACAAGCUGGAAAUGCAGUCAGUAAACAACAAAGCAUUGAUUGAGGAACUUGAUAAGCUUCUUGAAAGACUGCGUAUCCCUUCUGAGUAUGCAGCGUGUUUAACAGGUGGUUCAUUUGAUGAGGCAAGAAUGCCUCAGAACAUUGAGGCAUGUGAGUGGCUAACUAAUGCUCUACCUGGACUUGAAUCGCCUAACUUGGAUCCUAGCUAUGCAAACAUGAGAGCUGUGAAAGAAAAACGAGCAGAAGUUGACAAGUUAAAAACGGCAUUUGUUAAAAGAGCAUCUGAAUUCUUGAGAAACUAUUUUUCCAGUUUGGUGGAUUUUAUGAUGAGUGAUAAGAGUUAUUUUUCUCAGCGUGGGCAAUUGAAAAGGCCUGACCAUGCUGAUCUCCGAUACAAGUGCAGGACAUAUGCUCGUCUUUUGCAGCAUUUGAAGAGUCUUGACAAGAAUUGCUUGGGCCCUUUAAGAAAAGCUUACUGUACCUCCCUCAACUUACUUUUGCGCCGGGAGGCUCGUGAUUUUGCAAAUGAGCUUCGUGCCAGUACAAAGGCAUCAAAAAAUCCUAUUGUAUGGUUUGAAGGUUUGACAGGUUUGAAUCAGAGCGUGAAUAACGCAGACACUUCUGCAGCCUCUGAGGCAUAUGCUAAAAUGCUUACAAUAUUUAUCCCACUCCUUGUUGAUGAGAGUUCUUUCUUUGCACACUUCAUGUGCUUUGGAGUUCCUACACUGCUUCCACCAGAAGGAAUUGCCAAUGGCAACAAAGCUGGAGAUGAUAAGGAUGAUGCGGAUGAUGAUUUAGGCAUCAUGGAUAUAGAUGAGACUGACAAUAAAACUGGACAAAAUCCUGCAGAUCUAGAGGCACUAAAUGAAUCACUACAUGAAUUGCUUGAUGGAAUCCAAGAAGACGUCUUCGCUGUGGUUGAUUGGGCAGGCAAGAUUGAUCCAAUGUGCUGCAUAUCAAUGCAUGGAAUCACAGAGCGUUAUAUUCCAGGUCAGAAGGCUGAUGCAGCAGGAUUUGUGCGCAUCUUGCUUGAUGACUUGGAAUCAAGAAUUUCAAUGCAGUUCAGCCGUUUUGUUGAUGAAACAUGCCAUCAAAUUGAAAGAAAUGAGCGAAAUGUUCGGCAGUUGGGAGUUUUAUCAUUUAUACCGAGAUUCGCCACCCUUGCAACCCGUAUGGAGCAGUACAUUCAAGGACAAUCAAGGGAUUUGGUUGAUCAGGCAUACACAAAGUUUGUCACUAUAAUGUUUGUUACUUUGGACAAAAUUGCUCAAACAGACCUGAAAUAUCAAGAUAUCAUGCUUUUAGAAAACUACGCAGCAUUUCAGAAUAGUCUGUAUGACCUGGCUAAUAUCGUGCCAACGUUAGCAAAAUUCUAUCACCAAGCAAGUGAAUCUUAUGAACAAGCUUGCACACGCCACAUCAACACGAUUAUUUACUACCAAUUUGAGCGACUUUUUCAAUUUGCUCGAAGAAUCGAGGAUUUAAUGUACACAAUUACACCAGAGGAGAUUCCAUUCCAGAUUGGAUUGUCGAAAGCUGAUCUUAGGAAGGUGGUAAAAUACAGUUUAUCUGGGGUGGAUAAGUCCAUCAGCGCGAUGUAUAAGAGACUGCAGAAGAACUUAGCCUCGGAGGAGUUGUUGCCUUCUUUAUGGGAUAAAUGCAAGACUUUGCUCGUUCAGAGGCUCUUCGAAAAGGGAAGGCUCAAGUAUAGUGUUCGUGGCACCAGCUCGGCAUUGAGAUAUAGCCCUGUCCUCCAGUUCUAUUCCCCGUGGCUGAUUUUGACGCCAUUGUUCCCAGAUUCUAGGAUGGUGAGGGCACGCGCGGAUGUUGCAAUAGACGAGGCACCAGCGCUUGCUGCCGGAGCUAUGGCUUGUGGCAGGGGCAUGGGUAGAGGUCAUCAUAGGGGGAGAUGUAAAACUCGGGUCCUCAGACUAAGGUACAGACUUAUAGGAUGACGGAUUUGCUCGCUAGGAUUCUCGUAUCAGCUGCUUGGUGAGAUCCAGUUCCUUUGGGGCGUUAUCAUAUUUUCAGUCCUUACAGUAUUUCAGUCAGUAAGGUAUGCCGGGGGCCUUGUCUCGGUAAAAAAUCAGACUUUAUUAUUUAUAGAGGCUUCAUAGACUAUAGUCCAGUCAGUCAGAUGUUGGCAGGCUUUUAUGUGUUAGCCUUGUCGGCUACUCGUUUAUACUUGCAGACUUUUCAGUACUUUCCGCAUUUAUGAUAUUUCAGUCAGACUCUUUAGUAGAUCAGCAUGUUGUGUGUUUAUAUUCAGCUUAUAAUUAUACCACAUGUUGAUCCAGCCAGCCAGUUGGUUCGCUCGGUCACAUGCAUGCAGGUACCAAGGGUCGUGUUACGCCCAUGCCAUGGUUCGGGGCGUGGCAGGGGACCUCGUGGAGCAGUACCGGUUAGCGGUCGGGCACCAGUGGUGGGUCAGACCAGUGCUAGGUUGCUGUCUCCCGAGCCAUAGAUUGAGCAUGAGAUGGUGCAUGAGAUUGAGCAUGAGGAUGAGCCUAUGGAGGAGGAGAGGCAUGGACCACCCCAAUCACCUCCUGAUAUCAUUGCUACACUGGUCCUAUAGGAUUCUAUGGUGUGUAUUCUGAGUUUACUUGAGGGUUUGACUUAGGCCGGCGCUUUCUAGGCUCUACCAGAUGGGUCGCAAACCAGAGAUGGAGGAUAGACUCCUGACCAGUUUCACACUCUGGGGGCACAGCCUGCUGACACUGUGGCACCCCGCAUUGAUGAGGUCCCAACACCUGAUUUUGCUUCUCGACCAGUCACUGGGACAAUUAUGACCAGAGAUAAGCAGAAGAUAUUUGAUCAGUUCAUUAGGAUGAGUCCUCCCUGGUUCUAUGGUACUCCCAAGGAGGAUGUGUAUGAUUUCAUCGUCAGUUGUCAUGAUAGGCUCCAUAAGUUGGGUGUAGUAGAGUCGCACGGAGUUGACUAUGUUUCUUUCCAAUUGGUUGGGGAUACGAAACAGUUGUAGAGGUCUUACAUUAAGUGCCGACUAGCUGGGUCGCCUCCUUUGACUUGGACUCGGUUCUAUCAGGUAUUUCUGAAGAAGUAUGUUCCCCGUAGCUUGAGAGAUAGGAAGAGGGAUGAGUUCACUAACUUAAGCCAGAGAGGGUUAGCUUAGUGGUUAUGGUGAACACUUAGUGGGUACCGGUGUAUCUGUUUUGGGAAAUUAUUGCAUGAUUAGGAUGUUGUGUCAGGGAAUGCAUGUUAGGCCUACGGGCAUUGGUUGAGGUGAUAAAUCCACUUAGGUUGGUAUGGUUGUUGCUCAUUUGGGCUAUGAUAGCCAUGUUUGACUGACUCAUGGAAGAUUAUCUACUUAAUUUGCAUUCCUCACACUAUACCUCAUUUAUAAUAUGAAAGUGGCAUCAAUCUUGACCUUGAGGUGUUAUUAUGUGAUUUUUGAGGUGUACAUAUUCAUUCCUUACUUUAUGCUUCUGUUGACACUUGUUACCGUGCAUUCUGUGAUUAUCCAUGCAUACAUACAUUUAUACAUUCAUUGUGAUGAGGCAUUUAUGAAAUAUGAGAUGGUCUGUCGAGACGGGUGAAAAGGUAAGAUUGUUAUGUUUAAGCCCGAAGGGAAAUGAUUCUGGGUAUGAUGGUAUAAGUUGCACGAAGGGUGUAGGUGCCAUCAUGGCCCUCGAAUUUAGGUCGUGACAGUACGGUUUAUACAUGAUGGAUGAAGGUUUUGCCAAGGUUAAGAACGGAUGGUACCUACAAUCAGUCCCAAUCGUUGCAGUUGUUGACACCUAAUUUGGGCCCUCCAAUAAUUUUAUUUAAUUAUCCUGAGUUCUUGAAUCUCAAACUGUCACGACCCAACCUAGGGCCAUGACGAGUGACCGAGCUUAACCUGCCUGAUAACCUAACUUAUGUGUUAUAUCCCGUAUUUUUAUACAUUGGGACAUUUUAAACUAAACGCGACAAGUUAAAAACAAGAUUAUUUUAAGGUACGAAGUAGAGACUUUAACUUCCGGUUUCGUUUCAAGUCACAAGUUGCUUAUAAAUUUCGUUUGGUAUAGUAGUAUUAAUGGAAAGUUGGGAUUAAAUUAACCAUGAUUAGAUUAUUAAGUGGGAUUAAAAAAAAAACCAAAUCAGUCCAUUAAACAAAACCAAGUGUGGCCGUGUAUGUAUGUGGAGAUGGUCAAUGAUAAUUGACUCAAAUAUUGAGUGGGACACAUGUCCAACCCAUGAACAUCAUAUAUAUAGUAAGAAUGCUGAUUCAUUCAUCACUAACCAAACCAUUUUCAUCUUCACAAAGUCAAGAACAUUAGAGAUAGAGAGAGAGGGUCUCGGCUAGAGCUGGCUGAGAAUAGGGCUGCUCCAAGUUGAUCAAAAAUUCAGUUUCUCAAGCAAUUUAACCCCUUUAAAGGUGUACAAUAACGUGUAGCAUUCAUUGGAAUAGCAAGAACAAGUGUUGAAAUUCAAGAAGUGAAUUUGAAGGGCUAGCCGAUUGAAGGAUUGAGUGACAAGGUAAGAGUUGAUCAUCUUUCAUAUGUUUUAUGGUGAAUUGAAUGUAUAUGAUUGUGCAUGUUGGUAUUGGAUUGUUGUUGUUGAAGUUGAAGUGGGCCGUGUGCUAUAGGUUUAUAGGAAAUAAUGUUUAAUCUUCUUGUACAUGUAUUAGGAAUGAAGGGAAUGUGUUAUAGUAUGAAUAAACGAAUGAAAAUCAUGAAGUUGUUGUAGUUGUGUUGAAGCCGUGUAGGGGCUGGUUUAGAGGAAUUAAUGGACUGUUUUGUGUCAUGCUUUUAUUGUUGUUGUUAUGGACAUUGUGGUGUAUUAUAUGCAUUAUGAAUAUGUGAAUUGAGGUGUAAAAGAAAUGAUUUAUGUUGAAGUAGAAAAACAGUCCAAACCGUGGACUGUUUUAAUGAAAGGGAUAGAUUAGUUAUUUUGAACGUUGAUUGUUGUUAUGGACGUACAGUGAAGAUGAAGUUCAAUGAUUCAAGUUGAAUUGAGAUGGUUUGUGGGCUGUUGUAGGAGUUAAUAUGAUGCUAAAACAGUUCCCAUAAUCGUAUAAGUAAUGUUGUUAAACGUGUUGUUGUCGUUGUAAUUGAAGUUGGAAAAUUUCGAAUUGAAAAUGGUAAUGUUGUGUGAGCUGUUUGGCCGUGAAUAGGGGACUGUCUUAAAUAAUCCCGGGUUGGUACUUGAAAGUAUGACUAGCAAUAUUAGCUUGGAGUACUAGUUGGGUUGAAUGCGAAUGAAACGUCGUCUAAAUGUUAGAAAGGGAUUAUUAUCGUUAAAAUACGUAUUGAAUUCCCUCGUGGACUAAUCGUAACUCUUGAUAUCUUGAUAUAGGAUAAGGUACUAUUGGGCAGCGAGUACGAGUUAUAAUACGACUAAACGCUAAAGGUAUGUAAAGCCUAAUCCUUCCUUCUUUUGGCAUGUCCUAGACGUAAGUAAGAAAUGAUAUGAGCCUUGGGGUAAACUCUACUCUCUAGUUCCAAGCAUGACUUAUGAUUCUAUUCAUUCCUUAAUGUUAUUGUCACGAGCCUACUAUAUGAUUGACUAACAAAUGAUGUAUUGAAAUUCCUACUCUUAAACAAUUGCAUAAUUAGAGUCCUACUUGACCUUCAAAAGCUAUAUCAUGUUAAAUUGAUACAUGUAUAUGAAUCCUGAAACGUUCCUUGCUAUGGUUUGUAAUAAGAUUUAGAAAGAACUGAAUAUGAUUAUUAUCCUGACACUUGAAAGCUGAUUAGUUACUUAUCUAUUGAGCCUCCAAAGAUGUUUUGCAUGUAUGUGGUUGCUUAUUAUUCUGCUCGUGCUUACCGUUACAUCCUUCACUGAGUCCCGGGCCAGGACACGUUUUCGAGCGCAUAUUUACUAUAUUACUCACCGAGUCCCUCACUAGAGGUUCGGGACACGUUAUAUAUAUACAUGAUGAUAUGAUGACAUGGGAAUGGCGGCCAGGAUGGCAUAUGAUCAUUAUUUCACCGGGUCCCUCACUAGAGGGCCGGGACACGUAUAUGUACAUGUUUAUAAUGCUAUGAUUUUAAUUACUGAGCCCCUCACUAGAGGGCCGGGACACGUUAUAUAUGUUAUGUACAGAAUGAUUACUCAGCUUUGACUACUAAACUCUAUAUUGAUAUUGGUAUGAGGUUGAUAAAUAUGAAUUAUGUUCAAAGGUAAGUUUAUGGAUUUCUGUUUGUCGCAUUAGAUCCUACACUCCUUGUCUCAGAAUGAUUCUAUUUACUAUAUUCCACGCUUUACAUGCUCAGUACAUAUUCCGUACUGACCCCCCUUUCUUCGGGGGGC